GGUCCGUAUAGCAGCGUUAGGAAUAAGAUCUUCUUAUCGUGGUCUGGAUUUAAGGACAGUUUGAGGAUUGCGGAAUAUGAGCUGAACUUACGUGGCAACAAACUCUGGCGCGGGAAAUCGACCCACAUCCCCAAUGGUGACCGAAUGUACGCCGAGAUCUGUGGUCUUGACCUCGGUGAUGGAGAGAGGUAUUCUGCCCUCGUCCAGGCGGAAAACGGCGCGGGGAUGGAGAGCGACUUCGUGGAGCGGAAAUUCCUGCUUGACAGUGAGGAGCCAAAAAUAUCAAAUGGAUCAAACAUCCAACUUGCCUGGACAAUCGUAAACAAGGUGAUCACCAUCAGUUGGCGUGGUCUCUUCAACAGCUCCAGUCCUCUGUCCUACGAAAUCUCCUGGGGGACAGCCCAGUACGGUGCUGAUGUCGUCCAGUGGCAGGAAUCUACCGAUGAGGAAAUUGAUCUGCUUAUCCCAAUAGGAUAUCUAGCGAUCCACCCAUCUUACUUAACAAUUACGGCCAUAAACUCAGCUGGACUAUACAAAACUAAGAUGUGGACAGUAGUAGUGGACGGCGAGCUUGACUCAUUUGUAGUGUCUAAUUAAGUUUGUUCGUUUGGCAUGAUGGGAUAUCUCGUCAGUGAUCUUAUAAACGCGCACUUGUUGUACCCACACCUUCCAAAAGAGAAAAUCUCACUGUGUUUACCAUAUUAACUGUAUUAAUUAAACUUGAUUCGCUUCUGCUUUUGAAACCUUUGCAAAGUCUUUUCAUGUUAA